CAGUAUGUUUGUUCAGAUUUUCUGAUUUGUUUUGUGCGGCCGGUCCUGUUCUUACUCGGAUUUUCUCGAAACUCAAUCGUUUUUUCUGAUAAUCGUUUCUGGGGUUGGGGUUAUGUGAUACGUUGAUGCGUUAGGUGUACUCUUCUCUGCGAUUGAUAAGUAUCAUGUUUACUAUGAUCGUUGAUUUUAGAUUAUAGAUUUCAUCUCUUGUAUCGAUUGAUCUUUUAUGAUUCUAAUUGCCGGUUGUGAUACUUCGCGAGCCGUUGAUUGCCGCCCACGGGCGUUCCUUCUUUGUGCUAUUCGAUUCAGGCCAAACCUUAUCUUUCCGCCAUGUCGUCCAAGCAAGGUUGAUCUGGCGAAUAUGCAAAAGAAGAAGGACGAGGAAAAGGCGCUGAGAGAGCUCAAAGCGAAGGCCCAACAGAAGGGUGCCUUUGGAGGUGCUGGGCUGAAGAAGAGUGGGAAGAAAUGAUGAAACUUCCCACGCCAUAUAUAAUAUUAUGAAAACUGAAUAAUGUAAGAGUUGAAUGCUUUCUUCUUCUCUUCUCUUCUCUUCUCUUCUCUUCUGUUAUGUGUAAAAACCUGGAAGACCAGAAUGAAAUAUGAAUGAAUGAUUAUUGAAGUUCGAGUGCUUUUCAA